GUAGAUGGUGACGGUUCGUUGGAAGAGGAUUUUUAGUUAAUGGAAAGUUCACCGGGAAUGUGGAAGUAUAUUUGCGAAUAAAUCUCUUCCUCGCGCUCUACCGAGUGUAGGUGCAUCGAAGAAAGGGAAAAGUAUCGUCAUUCGCAGUUGCAAUCGUACAUUAUGGCAAAUUUAAGACAAACUCCGCUGACGUGUAGUGGACAUACUAGACCCGUGGUGCAUCUCGCAUUCUCCGAUAUCACUGAAUCUGGAUAUUAUCUGAUUUCGGCGUGCAAAGAUGGCAAACCUAUGUUACGACAAGGAGAUACUGGAGAUUGGAUUGGAACAUUUGAAGGACAUAAAGGAGCAGUGUGGGGUGUUGCAUUAAACCCUCAGGCUACAAGAGCUGCUUCAGGUGCUGCAGAUUUUAAUGCUAAAGUUUGGGAUGCAAUAAAAGGAGAAGAAAUUCAUUCGUUUCAACAUAAACAUAUUGUUAAAUCUGUCAACUUUAGUACAGACUCUAAUUAUUUGUGCACUGGCUCUAAUGAGAAACUUGUACGAAUUUAUGAUCUUAACAAACCAGAUGCAGCACCACAAGUUUUCUCAGGUCAUAAAAAUGGUAUCAGACAUGUUACCUUUUUCAAUAAUAAUACUGCAUUAAUUACUUGUGGCGAUGAUAAAACAUUAAGAGUUUGGGAUAGGAAUAGCGGCCAAGAAGUCAAAAGGUUAGAUUUUCCGGCAAUUCCAAAUUCCAUGGAAGUAUCAAGAGAUGGAAAUAUCAUUACCACAACUCAUUCCAAUAUAGUUACUUUUUGGAAUAGUAGAGAAUUAACCAAAUUACGCGAAUACACUGCACCAACACAAAUGAAUAGUGCCAGUUUGCAUCCAGAUUGUAGUAUUUUUGUAUGUGGAGGAGAAGAUUUAAAAAUGUACAAGUUUGAUUAUACUACGGGCGCGGAAAUUGAAUCAUUUAAAGGACACUUUGGACCUGUGCACUGUGUACGUUUUUCACCAGAUGGUGAAUUAUAUGCUAGUGGUUCAGAAGAUGGUACAUUGAGAUUAUGGCAAACAACUGUUGGCAAAACUUAUGGUCUCUGGCGAUGUAUAGAACAAACACCUGCAAUACAAGAAAAUACUACUGUGCUUAAUAAUAAACAAGAAGUUCCUGCCAGUUAAAAA